AUGGCCAGGAAAACGGUGCCCUGUGUCGGCUCUCCGACUUUCGAUCCGGCUAUCCGUGUCAAGGACGCGGAUGCCAGGGCCGAAGCACUCUCAGUCCUGGCCAAGGAUGAACUUGCCGCUGCCAUCAAGGCCUGGUUUCAGCUCCCCGCGAACGACACUUGGACAUACCACGCCAUCACUGCUGUAACCUUGCCCCAGGUGCAACACAUCAUCGGCUUGGGGGGUCAGAAUGGCCUGCACGCGUGGUAUAGUUCUCCUGACGGCGGCGACCCGAAAACGCCAUUGGACCCUCCUCCAAGGCCAGACAUAGACGACUACAUCCGGGUCUUCCAGCCAUCAAGCCUCACGUCCUCAGCGCUAAAGGCGCUCGGCGCCAACGCGAAAAAGGGCAGUAUCCGCUCUGGCGUCGCUGCGCACCUCAUAUCCAAACGCCUCAUCCACCCCGGCGCGGCACAUCUCAACAUCCCCAAGAAGAAGCCCACCGCCAAGGACGUGCCACCCAACAUUUAUUUCGAUUUCUGGGAGUGGUCGUGCCGCAACCUCGAGUGGUGUGGCCCGGGCCCCGCGUCCGAAGCCCGCCCGCAGCAGAGCCACCACGUCCUGCCCAUUUUUAUGCACCACUUCGGCUGUGCGGUGCCCUCGUACGAGAGCCUUGAGAUCCUGCGUCUGGUUGCGGCAGGCAGGACGGUCGUGGAUGUGGGCAGCGGCAAUGGAUAUUGGACCUUCAUGCUCCGGCUGCACGGGCUGGCCGACGUUGUGCCUGUCGACAACGCGCAGAGUGACUGGCGGGCAAGCUGGGUCUCUGACACAGUCGUCAUGGAUGGCACAAAGUGGCUGGCCCAGCCGCGCAACGCUGGUGGCGCGGACAUGGUGCUCCUGAUGGUUUAUCCCGUGGUAGGCGGAGGCCUGGCGGGUGGUGUCGAGGGCGGGUUUACGAGGGACCUGAUGAAGGCUUUCAAGGGUGACACAGUAGCUGUCGUCGGCACGCAGAACCGGAACGGCUACACGUCCUUCAGAGACAUGACUUUUGAUGAGUACAUGGCGCGGGAGCAGCCUGCGUGGACCAAGGUGGUUCAGAUCCCGCUGCCGAGUUUCGCCGGCAAGGACGAGGCGCUGUAUGUCUACCAGAGGGGCGAAAGGGCAGCCAAGCUGGGCGCCACAGCAGGAACGAGCCCUGCAUGA